UUGUCUUCCGUACCCAUACAAAAUGUUCCCGUUGCCACCCCACCCGUGGUUAAUACCGCCCUCUCUAAGAAGCACUGGUUUAGACUAAAACACUUGAGAUCUACCGUUUCUCUAAACAUUGCACACUUUGAAAAAGCAUUUGGUUUAGAAACAGAACCUCAAGGUCUACUCCUUCUCGGAAAAUACUUUUUGCCAGUCUCACAGCGACCACAGUUCCGCCAGUCGUCACCAAGCAUGGCUUCCGUGAUGUUCGGUGCUCCGAGUUCUGGCUCUCAGUUUCACUUAGUCGUUUAUGUACUGCUAUAUCUUCUUUCUCCGACAUUAUCUUUAAGAGUCCAAGACUCGGAGACCCGCCAGGUACGAUGUCUGUCUGGUAUGUGGAACUUCAGAGCAGAUUAUUCUGCAAACAGAACGGAAGGUUUCAAGUCGAAAUGGUACUCGAAGCCCUUAUGGCAGAAUGGAGAUGUGAUAACCAUGCCAGUUCCAGCAAGUUACAAUGACAUCACACAGGAACGAAGACUCAGAGACUUUGUUGGUUGGGUGUGGUACGACCGAGAGUUCUUUGUUGACCCACAAUGGAAACUAAAGACUGUUCAUCUUCGCUUUGAUAGUGUUCACUACAACGCAAUAGUAUGGGUAAAUUCUGAGUUUGCUUUCAACCACAGUGGUGGCCAUUUACCAUUUGAGGGUGAUGUCACCCACUUGCUGAAGUAUGACAGAGCUGAACGAGUGACCGUAGCAGUCAACAACACCCUCUCACCAACAACACUACCACCAGGGACAAUCACAUAUAAAACUGAUAGAGAAAGAUAUCCUAAGGGUUAUUUUGUCCAGAACUUACAGAUGGACUUCUUCAAUUAUGCUGGUAUCCACCGUAAUGUUUGGCUCUAUGCCACUCCCCAGGUUUACAUAAUGAAUAUCUACAUUAAUACCAGCAUCCAAAAAUCCUCAGGAAUUGUAACCUAUAAAGUCAUUCCGAACCAUUACGCUAAAGGUCAGCGUUAUAAAGUGAAGGUUAUCGAUAAACACGGUGACCUUGUUGCUUAUUCAAACCAAUCUACCGGUGUCCUGAAUAUUUCAAAUGCCAACCUUUGGUGGCCCUAUACAAUGAACACAUCAUCUCCAGCCUACCUUUAUACCAUGGAGGUUACGCUUAUUUCUGACACAACGGAUGUCUAUAGACACCCCUUUGGCAUACGCACCGUGAAAGUAAACUCUCGUCAGUUACUUAUAAAUGAUCAGCCGUUUUACUGUCUUGGUGUGGGAAGACACGAAGAUGCUGAUGUGAGGGGUAAGGGUGUUGAUCUCCCAUUCAUUGCCAAAGAUUUCAACUUGAUGAAGUGGCUUGGUGUCAACUGCUUCCGUACAUCUCACUAUCCAUAUUCCGAAGAAUUGAUGGAUGAAGCUGACAGACAAGGAUUUGCUGUGAUUGAUGAAAGCCCAGGAGUUGGCAUUGAGAGAAACAACAUGGAAGAAGUGAAUUUGGUUCACCACAAAAACGUGAUGCAGGAAUUGGUCGAACGAGACAAAAACAGACCCUCUGUAAUUAUUUGGUCGGUUGCUAAUGAACCUAGCUCUGCUGCACCGAAGGCCAAAGGUUAUUUCAAGGGUAUCAUCAGAUUCACCCAGAUGCUUGACAAAAGUCGACCUGUGACCUUUGUAAUGAAUGCCAAUAUGUUUCGUGAUAAAGCUGCACAGUUUGCGGAUAUCCUCUGCAUAAACCGUUAUUUCGGUUGGUACGGUGACAUGGGUCACCCAGAAGUUGUCUCCCUUCAGCUGCCUUAUGAAUUGGAUAAUUUCCAUUCUUUACAUCGGCGACCGGUCAUCUUGACGGAAUACGGAGCAGGCGCGGUCAAUGGCCUUCACAGGUCCCCUUCUGUUGCCUUCACUGAAGAAUACCAAGUUGAUUUACUGACUGCAACUCACGAAGCCCUUGACAAACGUAUUGGGACAUACCUGGCUGGGGAAAUGGUCUGGAAUUUUGCUGACUUUCAAACAGCUCAAGGUGUAAAACGUGUGGCUGGGAACAAGAAGGGUCUUUUUACAAGACAACGUGAACCCAAAUUUGCAGCCUUCCUUAUUCGUAAUCGGUACUUGGCACUUCAGAAUAAAACUUCAGACACCGGCAGAAAUUGUAUGAAAGAUAUUUUUAAGGAUGUGAGAUUGUAAUUUGUUAGACAUUUCUAAAAGAUACUCUUUUAAUUAUAUACAUCUUUUAUUUUUACCAUUUUUUUAAAUUAAAAAAAAAUUUUCUUAAUUUUUACUUGUUUCAGUCAUUUUGACUGUGGCCAUUCUGGGGCAUCACUUUAAAGAAUUUUAA